GCUUUUGUCAAAGCCCAGAAGUCGAAUGCAUACUUCAAGCGUUUCCAAGUCAAAUUCAAGAGAAGGAGACAGGGGAAGACUGAUUACCGGGCAAGAAUUCGUCUCAUCAAUCAAGACAAGAACAAGUACAACACUCCAAAAUACAGAUUUGUUGUGCGAUUUACAAACAAAGAUAUAAUUGCUCAAGUUGUGUCCGCUAGCAUCACUGGUGACCAUGUUCUUUCUGCUGCCUAUGCACAUGAACUGCCCUAUUUUGGCCUUGAAGUUGGCCUCACCAACUAUGCUGCUG